CCGUUGACGACACGGCGCUUAUUGGCGGGAUGUGUUACGCCAGCUUUAUCCACGCGUAGAAUAAACAGAUCCUCUCAGAAAACUUCAGGGAAUAAAACAUCUUGAAUCGGAGAUGAAGACGACAUUUCAAUGAACUUCGAGAACUCAGAAGUUACUAAAAGCUUUCAUCUGUGCCAACACGUUCAUUUACGGUCCAAUGACAACAUUAUUGUGCAUGGUUCAGAUUUAACCGCAUCACACUCAUGGCAGCAUGUUUGACAAUUUCUUUCAUCAAAUUGACAAAGAGCUUGGACCAUUUAAUCCUGACUGGUUUGAGCAGUUGACUGCAAAAGCUUCCAGAGAUGAAGGACGUCCUGACAGUUCAGCAGUUGAGGAGGAGGAGACCGUCAAAGUACCAGAGACAUCAGCCCUGGCCAGUCAGCUGUUUUCUACACCCAAAAUAUUCAAGCAACAACGGUUUCAGACCCCUGCUUCCAUUCCCAAUGAAGAGUCCCCUUAUGAAGUGGCUAAUGGAGACCCAUCAGCUUUUCCCUGGACAGAAUCAAGCCCUUGUUUGUUUGGUUCAGCCAAAGACAGUCAAAGAUUUGAUAGAUCCUGUGAAAAACCUAGAGAUUGCUUUGGCCUUCUGGACACACCAAAAAGGUCUUUGGCACGUUCAGCAAAACAGAUAUCUGAGAGCCUUGGGGCACAAAUCAACCCUAACCUAUCCUGGUCCAGUUCCUUUAACACACCAUCCUCUUUGACUCCCACUGUGAUAUUGCCCAUAACAGAGGAACGCACUCCAUCAAGUGACUUCAAAGACAAGGAAGCAAUUUUUGUGCGGAAACUCUUCCCAUCUCUUUCGAAAGGCUCUGCAAUUAAUGCAACAUUGAGUGAUACAACACUAAAACAAGAUGCCAAAAGUGAGACUAUUCAGGCUGAUGACCUGGGAGAAAAACCUGUUUGCACUCCAAGUGCAUCUCUUGAUACAAGCUGUCUGUGGAAGCAGAAGGUUCCCUGCGCUAUAGAGGAUGGGGACGUCCGCAGCACAGUGCAGAAUGUUCUUGAUGGUGCUGAGGAUGUGUUGUCAAUAUUCUUCAGCAACAGCACUUCAACUCUGCGAAGAAUCAAAACCAAAGAGAGAAUCAGAAGGAGAAUAACCGAUUCCUCAAAAGAUGUCAAAUCAGUUGUUCUAACUUCAGAGCCAGAAGAGAAAUUAAUGGAUGAUGUUGAAACAAAAAGCCCAAGCAAAAAUAAAGAUAUCAUUCAGUGGACCCCACUAAGUUUAUCAGAAUCCAUUCUAAAUGGAGACUGUCCGGACUCGUCUUUGAUAAACAAUCACAACACUGUAGCAUCUAGUGAAACUAAUGUUGAUACUGUUUUCAACUGCAUUGCAGAAAGUAGCCAAACUUUUUCACAGAGUGUAAGACUCAAGUCUUAUCCAGAAGGAGCUCAGUGUCAGAAGACUUUGUUAGACAAAUCACCUGCUUUCAUGCUUUCUAGGAAGCCCAGAAAGUUUGUGUAUCAAGUGCCAAGUUCAGAUCUGUCAAAGACCGUAAUUGGACACAAAGAAACUCAACCAGUAUGUUUGGACCAAACGCUCAAAGAAAAUCCCUCUGUGGAAGAGGUGUCUAGUGACCUUAAUGAAUCCACAGUCACCAGUGAAAACGCAGUCAAUUAUCAUCCACAGCCACAAGACGUCAAACAGUUAUCUACAGAAAUCCAUGAUCUUGAUCUUGGCCUAGAUAUAACGCAGCUUUCCAAGGCAUUUGCAGAGGAUUUCACACAAGAAAUAAUGCCAGGAGCACUGCUUAACAUGACUGUUCAGUGUGACCAAAAUGGCCAAGUGCAACAUAAAGCAGAACUUGAGGAGAAGAAUGAAGAUGGUAGUCACAAUGACAUCUCUAAUUUAGCAGACAUAUCUGUGACCUCUCCAAACAAGUCAACAGUCACACUUACAACUUUUGAAAUCAGUCACGACAGUGGUUGCCCCACCACCUUUUCCGAUUUGGAUGGUACGACAGCCGUGUGCGCAGACAUCAAAGAGUUUUUUCCUUCUUUUAAGACGGCAAACAACAAGGCCAUUACCAUACCGGAUGAGGCUAUAAUGAAGGCCAAAGCAUCAUUAGAUGAAGCUGCAGGGGAUGUUUUGAUCAACACCUUAAAUGGAACUACUUCAAAACAUCAGACGAUAGAAACGUUGUGCAAAUCAGUUUCAGGAAGCACUUAUGUAAAUAGAUCACCCACAGGACAGUCCAUCUUCUCUCACAAUGCAUCAAGAGUGUGUGUUAGUGAUUCUCCAAAGAGUGACAGUCCAAAGAGUUUGAAAAUUAAUAUUUCAAGCUGCUCUUCACCACAGUCAAAUGAAUCUGAUUAUAAAACUGGUUCAGAGAGGAAUAUUACAGUUUCAAAUGUUGGCUUUCAAACAGAGACUCUUUUGAAAGAGAAAUUGGGGAGAGGUUCAAACUCAUCAAAGUGCAUUCAUCAAAAUUUGGAUUUCAAAAGAAGUGCUGAAAGACAGACUGUCUUCGACAUUAGCAGCACACACAAACUCACCGCAGUGAACUCCAGCCGUGAUGGUGAUGAGGAGAAUGGCACUUUGACAGCAUCUCAGAAGGCUGAUGUUACAGAAUUGUGCAAUCUUUUGGAGGAAGCAAAUAGUCAACAUGAAUUUACCCAGUUCAAACAAACAAAUCCUGGCUCAGACAACCACACUACAGAGAAAGAGUGGGAUCCAGAUAUACUCAACGGAAUUGACUUUGAUGAUAGUUUUAGCUGUGACGUUGUGAAAGGAAAGCAUCCCGUCAAGACAGACACUUUUUCAGUAAAUGGUUCUGAUCGCAUUCAAAUUGAAGAUGCUGCCAAAUUAACAUGCACCUUGUCAAAGAAAACACAAAAUGCCAUGGUGCCUUUGUCAGUGGCUGAAGACAGUUCUUUAGUUGAUAUGAAGAGAGUACCGUCUUAUUUCAGUGAUAAUACUCCAGUCGAUUGUUUUGGUUUUAAAACUGCUAAAGGCACAGCUAUAAGCAUCUCAGAAAAGAGUUUAAACAAUGCAAGACACUUUUUUGAAGAGGAUGAAAAAAUAAAAAACAUAUUUAAGAGGGAAGUCAAGGUGGAUGUUGGAUUAAUAAAGCCAGAGCAUGCUGAAACAGAGCCUUCAGUCAAUACUUCUGACAGUAUGAACACGGAAAAUAAAACCUAUGUUCAGACUAAACAAGAUGGAAAUUUCAGCUGUGGAUAUGUAAAUGGAGCUCGUAAAGAGAUAAAUAUGCAAUUGGCAGGAAAUGAAGGAACAGAGCAGAAUUGUUUAGGUGAAAAAACAGAUGUUGUUUGUAUUGACUCCAAUAGUAAUUUUGGAUUUAGUACAGCUAGUGGAGCUAAGCUGAAAGUGUCUGAAAAGGCUCUUCUGCAAGCAAGAAGACUUCUUAAUGAUGUUGACAGCUUAGAGGAGUCGCAAACUCACAAACUCGUUUUCCAUGCUUCUGGAAAACAUGAUACCUCUAUGUCAACAACUAGCCUUAAGAAAACAAAAGCCGUUUCUUGGAGUAAUACCUCUAUGAAAAUAAGUCAGCCACACUUAGUAAGUGAAAUAUCUGAUGGUGUGGAUAAUCCUUCCUUCAUCAGUAAGAAGGUCUUUCAAGAACAGAAAUCUAGCAGUGAUCCUAAAGAAGUUCUUGCAAAGUCAGAGGAAGGCUAUGGUUUUCAGACUGCCAGUGGGAAAGGAGUUUCCAUUUCAGCCGGUGCCCUUAAGAAGGCAAAGGCCAUAUUUAAAGACUGUGAUGAAAAUGUUGACUUGGAAUCUGUGAAAAUGGAGGGAACGAAUGACAAACUAGAUGUUGAGCUCAAACAAGUAAAUCGAUUUACUGCAAAUUGUACAAGUAUGAUAUUUUCAAAUGUGUCUCUCAUGGAAGCCAACGCUGUUCUGAGAGACUCUGAAACCCCUCAGGAAGAAGUAUGUGAGGAGAAAGGCCUUCAAAGUGAAUUUUCUAAGCAUGCUUCUGAGUUGAUACCUCCUAACGGCAACUGUGUUUUCAGUACUGCCAGUGGUAAGGUGGUGUCCGUCUCACCUGGGGCACUACAGGGAGCUAAGAAACUGUUGUCGGAGUCUGUUGAUGGUUUCUCAUGUGCUGAUGGAUCUCCAAAGACAAAGCAGGUUGUUGAUAUCCAAAUGGACACUAGCUCUAUAAGAAAACACAAAGGAUUCUCUACAGCAGGAGGGAAGAUGGUGGCUAUCUCUGCUGCUGGGCUGCAAAAGGCAAAGAAUCUCUUUAGAGAUUGUGAAGAGGAGAGUUUAUCAUCUGAAGAUCUUCAGCACCAAGGUUUCAGUGAUGUCUCAAAAAAGCCACUGACUAAAGUACAGGCGGCAUUUGCAGGCUCCAGUGAUGUCUCCUUCAGCCAUGAGCUUGAGACUGGGAAUUCUUCUGGAAAAAACAUAGGAUUCUCUACAGCUGGUGGAAAGAAAAUGACUUUCUCUGCUACUGCCCUGCAAAGGGCAAAGAGUCUUUUAAAAGAAUGUGAAGAGGAGAGUUUUGUUUCUGGGAGUUUUCAGCAUCAAGGCUGUAAAGGUUUCAGCACUGCCAGUGGCAAAGAAGUUACUGUCUCUGAAAAGGCACUGAGUGAGGUUAGAGUGGCAUUUGCAGGUUGUGAUGACACCUCCUCGCUUCAUGGAAUUGAAAAUUUUUCAGGAAACAACAUAGGAUUCUCUACAGCAGGAGGGAAGAAGGUGGCUGUUUCUAUUACUGCACUUCAGAGGGCCGAGAGUCUUUUUAAAGAUUGUGAGGAGGAAAAUUUAUCAUCUAAGGAAGUCCUACCUCAAACAAAGAGUUCUGGAAGCAGUAAGGACAUAGAUGGAAACCUAAAGUUUGAACUAAUCAAGAAAAAUUAUGGUUUCAGCACUGCGAGUGGUAAAGGUGUGUGUGUAUCAAAAGUUGCCCUUGAAGAAGCUUCUAAAUUAUUCAGAGAUUGUGAUGCCCAAGUUACUGUUACUGAUAGUCAGCUGCUACAGGGUGAUUCCUCAGAAUGCCGUCCUCAACAUAAAGACAGACAAACCAAAACCACUCUACAUCCUUUGCCAUCUAAAGCAACUCAGAAUGAACCUGCACAACUAGACUUGCACUCUUUGAAUUUUAACAGUUGCACAGAUACCCAGCAGAAGUACUUUGAGCAGGAAGCAAUGGCUUGCACUAAAGCUUUACUGGCAGAUGAUGACCUGAAUGAAUCAGCCAGUUUGGCGAUGACAGAGGACAAAAAAAGUCCAUCUGUUCAUGAUCUACAGGCACAGGGAUCUUUUGCCCAGAACAGAAGGAAGCGUCCAUUUGAUGCCAGAAAUGUAGCAGAUUCAGGUCAGCCUCCUUUGAAAAGACAACUUCUCUCAGAGUUUGACCAGACGUUAGAUGCAAAGACCUCAGGCCUAACACCACUGAAAACCUGUCCAAAUGGAAUUAUAAGAGACAGGCGUGUCUUCAGUUAUAAUGUCCACCUCAAGCCAAAUGUCACUGGUCCAGAUUGGCAUCCUGUGGACCAAAAGUCAAAUGACCUCGAGCGACCAUGUUCAACUGUAUCUGUCCAAAACAGACACAACUCAGACCUUAAAGGAGGGGUGUUUGUGCCCCCUUUUCAAAAGGGAAUGAAGACUGGGACAUCAAACUGUCAAGAUGUCUCUAAAGUGUCCACUGGUUUUAUACCACCUUUCAAGAAGGAAAACAAAGAAACAACUGAGCAUAGAAAUCAAAUAGACCAAAAUAUGACAACUUCUACAUCACAUAGUGAAAGUGUUGCACAAUACUGUGAUAGGAAGAGUCUACAUGAGGGUUCUAACCCUAAACCAACCACUUCAGUGGAAAGCAUACCUUUGAAAAUCAUGGAUGCUGAAGAGAAAGACACACAGGCAUGCCGAGAGACCUUGAACCUAGCCAGGGAUAUGCAAGACAUGAGACUCAGAAAGAAGAAAAAACUGUCUAUUCGUCCUCUACCUGGGAGCCUUUACCUUGCUAAGACUUCUGGUGUCCCCAGGACAGGUCUGAGAGAUGCUGUGGGACGCAAAUGUCCUGGUCAAUACGCACAGGAGGAGCUGUAUCAGCAUGGUGUACAUCACAGUGUCUUACAAAUAACAAGUGAAAAUGCUGAAUCAUUCAGAUUUGACUGUAAUUACUUCUUCAAACGUGAGCACUUCAUGGAGUCUGGUGGUCUCCAGCUGGCAGAUGGAGGCUGGUUGGUUCCAGACAAUAAGGGUACUGUGGGCAAAGAUGAAUUUUAUAGAGCAUUAUGUGACACCCCUGGUGUUGAUCCCAAAUUGAUCAGUGAUGCCUGGGUAUUCAACCAUUACCGAUGGAUUGUAUGGAAACGGGCCUCCAUGGAAAGAACAUUUCCAGAUUUGAUGGGUAGCCUGUGUUUGACUCCAGAGCAAGUACUUCUGCAGCUAAAAUUCAGAUAUGAUGUGGAGGUGGACCACAGUCAGAGAUCUGCACUCAGGAGGAUCAUUGAGAGGGACGACACUCCAGCUAAGACAUUAGUGCUCUGUGUAUGUGGUGUUGCUCAAACUUGUCAAAAUCCAGAAAAGCCAGUGAAAGAUGACAAAACUCCUAAUGCAAAGAUGGAGUCCUGUGUGGUCUGGCUCACAGAUGGCUGGUACUCCAUCAAAGGCCUGUUAGACCCUCCGCUUUCUGCCAUGCUAAACAAGGGCCGUCUCCGAAUCGGUGAUAAGAUUGUGAGCUGUGGAGCCGAGUUGGUUGGUUCCCAAGAAGCCUGUCCUCCACUGGAAGCUCCUGAAUCUCUGAUGCUAAAGAUUUCAGCCAACAGCACAAGACGAGCUCGGUGGGACACUAAGUUGGGGUACCACUGUGACCCUCGGCCAAUCAGCCUCCCACUAUCAUCACUGUUCACUGCUGGAGGUGUUGUGAGCUGUGUGAACAUUGUGGUGUUGAGAAGUUACCCCACUCAGUGGAUGGAGAAGAAGCCCAAUGGUGUCUUUAUAUUUCGCAACGAUCGUGCAGAAUAUCGAGAGGCCAGAAAACACAGCAACUCCAAGCACAAAUCCAUGGAUCUUCUUAUUUCCAAAAUACAGACCCAAUUCGAAAAAGAAAUAGAAGGUAAAAAGAGAAGUCGAGGCCAAAGGAGGACAUUUAGUCGACAUGAGAUUGAAUCUCUGCAGGAUGGGGAAGAGUUGUAUGAGGCAAUGGAGAGGGAUCCUGCUGUUGAGGCCCAUCUAAGUGCGAGACAGAUGGAUGCAGUGCAUAAGUACAGAUGCUGUUCGGAGGAAAGGAGGCAGGCAGAGCUUCAGGAGCGUGUGCAGAAGGUUGUAAUGGAAGCCCCGGCGGCCGAGGGUGGGUGUCCUAAUCGAGAUGUCACUCCUGUUUGGAAGCUCAGCAUUACUGAUGCCAAUGACCUGCAGAGCAACUGUGUUUACACCCUGAAUAUCUGGCGCCCAUCGCAAGACUUGUAUGGCUUGCUAAGAGAGGGCCACAGAUAUAGGGCUUAUCACCUCACCACAUCAGAGGGGAAGAAACGCUCAGGCAUUGCUCACAUUCAGCUCACUGCCACCAAGAAAACAUUCUUCCAGGAAGUUGAGGUGUCUCCAGAAUGGUCGCAUCAGCAUUUCCGUGCUCGAGAAUGCAUACACUUCAGAGAACUUCAAAACCCUCAAUUCAGCUCACCUUGUGCGGAGGUGGACAUUGUGGGAUGUAUUGUCUCCAUAGAGGGCAAACAAGGCCUUCCCCCAUUACUGCAUCUUGUGGAUGAGAACUUUGACAUGGUCUCUGUGAGAACCUACAGUAGUCUGGAGCAGUUAGCUAUAGAAGAGCUGGUAAAGCUGCGAGCACUGGUCGCUCUUAGUAAUCUUCAGGUGAGACCGCUCUCUGGGCCUGUGCCAAGCCUUUAUGCAGGAGAACAAGCAGUAUUUUCCGUAAACCCCAAAGAAUCCCAUCUGCAAGAAGCUAUGACCAGUCUGAAGACUUUUGUCCAGACUUGUGAGCGUUUUUUCAGCAUUGCGGAGGAGAAGGUCUCAGAUGUGGUUCCUUCAGGUGUCUUGGGUUCUUUUCAGUCUCCAAGAACUCCUGGUGUGCAGUCUUAUCCAAAAAUUAAUGGCAAGGUAACCCCACAGCAGAAAAGCAGCUUGUUCUCACCUUUCACUCCUCUGAAUAGAAGAACUCCUGCAUCUGCAUGUAACAGCGAGGGAAAAGAUCCCAAAAGUUUGAAAAGAAGACGCGGUUUGGAUUACCUGUCACGUGUUCCGUCCCCUCCACCCCUCACUCCUCUAAAAACUACAGCUUCUCCCUGCGUUAACAGGACCUUCAAUCCCCCACGGAGAUCUGUGACUCCCAAGCCUCCACAGAACGAGUCCCCUCGAGCCUCAUGUCCCCCACCGGGAGAGGAGAAGUGGGUGCAUGAUGAAGAGCUGGUGAUGAUAGACACCCAGGCGUUACUGUAAGGCUGAUGGGGAAAGUGUGACUCUCCUGGUGAAACACUAAAUGUGAGUUGAAACACAAGAAUGAAUUCCAGCAUUCAAGGCGUUGAGAACUAUGGGUAAAUGAAAGCACAAAUUCUACUGUUGGCAGAAAAUGCAAAUGGCACCGCUGUCUUUGUUUUCUAGUUGCCUGGCUUACUGUGGUUCUCUGAUGGUAAAUAACAUGAAAGAGAUGCACUUUUUUACAACUACUGUAAUCAUUUUUUUAACUUCUUUCUUGUUAUGCGUGAUUGUAUUACUAUAAGUACGGAAGUUAGCAAUGUUCAGGGGGGAAAAGUGUAAAGUUUAUGUAAAAAGUAUCUGUAAAAAAUGUUUAUAUAUUUAAAUUUUUAUUAAAAGAUGGAAAGUAAUUAUGUGUAGAGGUCAUAUUACAAUCUGUUUUCGAAAUGUUUCUAUUGAUGAACAGCAGGUGGCGCCUUAACACUUGCCUUUGACUUGCAGCGAACAGUUCAACUCUGCAGAAAGAUUGUGAAAUCCUAUCUGCCAUUUUCAUAUUAAAUCUGAAGAAAUGAGAAUGGAACAAGUAAUAAGAAUAUAUUGCUUAAUAACCACCAAAUAUUGGCAGCAAAGAAAGUAAUGGGCAUUACAAACACACUUCUGUCAUACUUCUCUUGAUCUCGCUGGCAAACUCACUGUCAAGCUUAUUUAACAGACCGCAAAGGCAGACAAAGGGAUUUCUUCUCUUCCAAACAGAACAUUGUCAUAUUUAAUAAUCUGUGAUCAUAAUAUUACAAUUCCAGGCAUUUACCCUAGAGAAAAUAUAGAAUGUGGCUGCUUGCUCUUCAGAUCAGUUUUAAGGAUUUUUGAAAUUUAGAAGCAACCCCAUAAUCUGUUCGCUCGUCAAGGAAUGCUUCAGAAAACCACAGACAUGCCAGAUUUUCAGUUAGCUGCCAUCAGUGGCUUUCCUCCACAGUGUUCAGUUUUACAUCUAUCAUCUAUCAUUGAGAAUGUGCUGACUCAGCACACAUCCAGCUCUAUUUUAAGAUCUCUAACCCACAAUGAUAAAGAUAGCUGACACUCCUGUUGUGUAGCACGGAGACAUUAAAGAUGAUAUCUGUUAGUGGUUGACGGAGAAUAGCAUUAUCGUGGCCAAAAAUGUUUCCAUGAGCCCAGCUCUGAAAAUACUUGUGGUACAAUGAAUUCUAAAGUCUAGAGAAUUUUUUUUCCCUUCAUUUUUUUAAUUUAUUUAUUUAUUUUUUUAAGUACUAAACAGUCCUGAUAUACACUACCAUUCAAAUGUUUGCGGUUGCAAAGAUUAAAAAAAAAAGAAAAUUGUUAAUGUUUUUGAAAGAAGUGUCUGAUAAGGUUGCAUUUAUUUGAUCAAAAAUAUAGUAAACAGUAAUAUUACAAAAUAUUAUUACAAUUGAAAAGUAUAAUUAUUUUUCUAUUUGAAAAGAUUAGAUUUAUUCCUGUUAUGGCAAAGCUAAAUUUUCAGCAGCCAUUACUCCAGUUUUCAGUCACAGUUGUGCUGCUUAAUGUUUUUGUUAAACUCGUUUUUUUCAACUGAUUUAUUUUAUUUAUUUAUUUUUUGUAACAAUGUCUUUACUGUCACUUUUGAUCAAAUUAAUACAUCCUUGCUAAACAAAAGCCCUCAAAAAGAAAAGAGAACAGUUGGAUAUUGGAAUCUGGGAGAAAUUAAAAUAGUGUGUGUUUUGUUUUUUAUUUAUUUUUUGCUGCAUGAGACCACAGGGUUAAAAUCUGUUUAGCAUUUGUCAUGUUUUCCCACAUUUAGGUUUGUCUUUCCAUGUGAGAGUCGUUAUUUUUGUGAAUUGCUUCUAGAGGCCUGAUGGGCUGCUUUCAGGCAGCUGCUCAGAAUUUCGGUUUCUCUUGCGCAGCCUUUUGAAUUAUUGCAUAUGUCUAUAUUUCCUGUCAUUUCAGAAUAUUUUUCUGUUGUAAUUUUUAUGUGUUUUCUAGCACUAAGGUGAUGACUAUUAUUACUUUAUAGGUUUUUAUUACUGUAAAUCUUAACAUUCUUUAGAAAAUGUAAAAACUUUUCAUUCUGAGUAAUGCAUCAACCACCCAGAAUCAAACCUGCAGACUUUGUGUUUUUGUAGUCUUGCUCUUAACCUAUAAUGAUAUCAGGGCCCCACGUUCUUUGACUAUCGGUACAUUUGUACUUUCCGACAGAGUACAUAAAGCAGGGCUUAAUUACCACUCUUACAACAUAAAACCUAAGGCCGUCUUCAUCCGCUCUGAGCUGUCCUAAUCCAGCCUCUUAGGCUGAUUCUGGCUGCCCUCUCCCUUGACUCUGCUCAAUGAGACCUGAUGGAGAGGUGGAAAGAGAUGAAUGAAAGAACCUAAAGGGGGACGGUGACGGGGAGUGGACAUUUGAUAGUCCCAUAUCCUCUUUGCAACCCCACCAGACUGAAUGAAUUAAGGGUCCUGUUUAGCUGUAGCAUUGAGAGCCAGAUACAAGAGCUGUGAUUUAGACUAGACUGUAUCUAAUAACAACUCAUUUAAGAACUGUAGUCUGGGCAGAAUUUUAGCAGCAACUGUAAAACACCAAAGCACCAACAAAUUCACCCCCCAACACACACACGCACACAAAAAACAGAGAGGGACAUUAAAAUAUAACUUCUUGUGGUAUAAUGGCAAAUAGCUUGUGGACUAGUAGUGAAGUAAGUUUAUAUCCGCAGUUUUCCACACUUGAUGAACACAGAAAAUUAAUGGAUUUUGUUUAUCUUGGUUUUUUUGUGUGUUUUUUUUGCAACCCAUAGAAAAUUGCGACUUAAUGAAUUUGAAUCUUAAAGUGUUAAAAAAACAGUUCCUUUUUUUUCUCUACCAUUAAUAGUUCUAUCACACACAGCCAUACUAAAAAAAUUUGUUUCUUUCUAUUUAUUCAGCAGCAUGGCAGCAAUACUU